AUGGAAGACAGCAAAAAACAACUGCUACAGACUAGACAGUCUCCAAUAAAAAAGAGUCACUCACCAAUGCACAGAAUAAGAAAAAGAAUUAGUAGCAUUCUUCUUGCUUUUCUGUUUUCACCGUCUCGUAGUAGUUCGCCAAUUCCAGCAAAAAAAAUUUACUCCGCUGAAGAACUUCGAGAAAAAGAACACAAAAUUGAUCAGUUGCAGACUUUUCUUGCGGAUAUAGGGCACCCUAUGGAAAGCAUGCAGGUGGAACUACUGCUGGAGAGGAACUCGUGGAACGUGGAGCUGGUUGCAGAGUAUUGUAGGGAUAUGGUUGAGGCGGAGGAAGGGCUGGUCAAUGAGGUUAAUAAUAAUGUGUGCAUGGUUGGUGCGGAGAAUGACCGGGGAACUAGUUGUUAUAUAGAUAGUCUUUUGUUCGCAAUGUUUGCUAGAAUGCGAGCGUUUGAUGGACUGCUUUAUGUCGAGCCCGAAAAACCUGAUGCAUCAGAUUUACUUGUACAUUUACGACUAUUUGUUAAUCGAUUAAGAUCAGGCAGUUUCUUAAACACACAAAUGCAAUUGCGUGAGAACCUUCGAAAAUGCGGCUGGAUCGGCACAGAUGACAAAGGACACCCGACACAAGAAGACACCUCUGAAUUCUUUUUAUUCCUCUCGAGUCUCUUUGAAUUACCAUAUCUCCCGCUCGGGAUCCACUUAUACCAUGGCGCAACCGAGGAAGCAAAUGAUGAACGAGUAGUCACCGAGCGGAUAAUUCAGAUUGCUAUUCCGGGUGAUCCGCAAGAUCUGGCGCCUGUGUCGUUGGAAGAGGCACUGAUGCUGUAUUUUCAUAAUAAUGUUGUGUCAGGGAUCAAUCGUACCGUGGGAAAUGAUAAUCGUGGCGGUGAUGGUAAUGAUGGUGAGUUGAUGGAAUUAAAGGAAAGCGAGGAGGAAGAGUAUGAAGAUGAAAAGUCUCAGACUAUCGAAGAAGUACCGGUGUCUGCAUGGCAGUUCUUAAAGCUUUUGCCUUUUUAUUCUGCGAGCAAUGAACAAGGCGAACAAAUUCAUGCAGAUACUUUUCAAUUCCCGGAUAAAAAUCUAAUUCUUCCACUAGUCUUAAAACGAUACGGUUACAAUGACAAAUAUCAACCAUUUCGAAUAGAAAAACGAGUAAUCAUUCCUCCUAGUGUCAACUUCAACACAUUCCUCAACUUAGAGGCGGUGGACGAACCAUGUCGUUGUAAUACCGAGCAUCGGUAUCGUUUGCAAUUACGAUCAGUCGUGUGUCAUAUUGGGAGCAAUUUAUCGUCGGGACAUUAUAUUGGGUAUACUUCUGACGAUGAAGGCUGGUACAAACUCGACGACCUAAACACCGAACAACGCGUCAAAAGAUACGGCACGAUCGAAGAAAUAACCUAUCUAUUUAACGAGUUUAGUCUCAACGCAUAUCUGCUGUUUUACGAGCUACAGUUUUCGCAUCCGGCGGUCACCAUUGAAGAGGAGGCGAUUGAGCUUGACCAUCACGUUGCACAAAAUCUGCAGUUGAAAGAGUUUUCGAAUGGUGGUGGGCCGAAUGAGCGGAAUUGUUGCAUACAGUAG